ACUGGGAUGAAUGUGCAUCUCACACCGAGAAUGACUGCUCUGCAUCUGCAGAAUGUAUCAAUUUGAUGGGCUCAUACCUGUGCAGAUGCAAGACAACCAUGGAUACCAAUCCAGCCCGACCUGGAAGAAACUGUGAGGGUGAGAUUGUGGAUCCUUUCACUGAAACGAUGGCUCCUGAAAUAACAAACAGCACAGAGUUUUUUCCUGAAGAAGUAAGCUCUGCAGGCCCUGCUUCCCCUGCCAGCACCGAGAUGGCGGCUGCUGUAGGCUCGGAGAUGAGCACUGCCGUACACCUCCCUGCUGCACUGCCCCUGGGUGACAAGCAAGCACCCCGUGGUCAUACUCCCACGAGCGCUCCUCUAGCCCCUUGGAAAAAAGCCCUGACACCACAGAUGGGCUUCGGCAGGGACAACAGUCCCAUGACCACAGGGAUCACAGCCAGUGAGGAUCUGGCCAUGAACACAGAUCAGCAGACAACUGCAAGUCCAUCACAGAGAAGCUCCGCAGUGGAGGCUUCCCCCAGUGGAUCGCAGCGAGCAGCCGCUCUCACAAGUGGACUCAUGGGCACAGCUGGGCAAGAGCAACACAGUUCACCAUUGCUGGUGUUGUUGAAUCAAACCACCUCUGCUACCACUAGAAGUCACACAGCUUUUGAUGUGACUCAAACCAAUUCUCAAGGUGAUCCUGGCACAACUCUGCUGGCCACAGGAGAUGCUGUUGUUCCCACCCUCAACGCCACUCUCAGAGCACAGGUAGAGACAGAAGGAGAGAACAGCUCUUGGUCCGAGAAAUACUCUGGAACCCUGGGGUCACCAGCUUUGCCAGGCUCCUCUCCAGCUCCCAGCCUGACACCAGGCCCAGCCAUGGACCGUGCUGUCCAGAAACUUAGUGGCACAGUACGGAUAACAAAUGUGAAAUACUCUCCAGGCUUUAGCAAUACAAGCAGUGAGGAAUACCAAACCUUUGCACGGCUCUUUGUUGAUGAAGUACAUAAAUCUCUGCCCCUUGAGUUUCUUCAGCAGAUGGAUGCUGGUCUGAUUAAAAUGUUGAUAACGGGUAUUACUAAUGGGAGCACAGUGGUAAGUUUCAACUUAGUGAUUGCAGAAGAUGUGGAUAUCUACUACAUCAUCACCACUUUUCAUGAUGCCUUUGAACACAGCUCCUAUUUCACAGUUGACAAGAGCAGUCUCUCCAUAAAUGAUUAUGAUGAGUGCAAAAGCGAAGAUGAUGACUGUUCCCCAGAUGCAUCGUGCCAUAACACACUUGGGUUUUACCAGUGCAGCUGCAAUGAAGGAUUUGCUGAUGUGCAUCCAGAAAGGCCUGGAAGAAGCUGUGAAGCACUUCCUAUAGGCCAGGAGGCAACACUGAUGGAUAAGAGAUCUGUACACAACACAGUUUUACUUGCAGCAUCUUUGCAAACUUCGACUCAUGUUUCCUCCCCUGCUUCAUUGGACUUCUCUGUUGCUGAGCACAAAGCACUGGAGAACACCACAUUUGCCAGCAUGGUGCUGCCUCUUCUCACCGCGGAUCCUGUGUCAGCUCCCGGUGUUUCUCCUCAAGCAUCUCCUAUCCCUCUCGUUAAACCUGCCCAGGAGGUUUCCAUUAAAGAUGUGGUGACAGUGUUCUGUGAAAUCGAGAAGAUCAUCCUUGCUGUUGAGAAGAGAUUUUUACAGCAGGAGUCUAUCCCAGAAACCUCCCUGUACCUGGGGGAGCCUCACUGCAAUGUGAGCAUCAGCAAUGGCACUCACGUUGUGCUGCAGGCAGGCUGGAGCGACUGUGGCACUGAAGUUGAGACUAACAUGACUAAUACGGUAGUGAAAACCAUCCUUCGGAAUUACGUUUCUCCUCAGGGAGUAAUCCACCAUUUAAAAGUUGUCAGUCCCAUUCACUGUCUGUUUCAAAACGAUCUCUUGACUUCCUCUGGAUACACUGCAGAAAGACUUUACACCAUCUUUGAGGAUUUGCAUGGAUCUGGACACUUCAGAACAGAAAUGCAGUUGUUUAUUGGAAACUCCCCAAUACCAAAAAAUUUCAGUGUCUCUGCCAGUGACGAUGUACUGAUUGAAGUGGGGAUCCAGAGAGCAGACAGCAAGCUCAAGGUGGUCCUCACUGACUGCUGGGCAACUCCCACUAAUAAUUCAGUGGACCCCCUCUCAUUUGCUUUUAUCAGCAACAGCUGUCCCAUCCCAAAUACGUACACCACACUGCUAGAGAAUGGGAAUUCAAGCAAAGCGCAGUUUAAGAUGAAAAUUUUUUCCUUUGUCAACAAUUCUGUGGUCUAUCUACACUGCAAAAUACGUAUUUGUAUGGAGACACCAGGAAGCACCUGUAGGACGAGGUGCCAUGUGGUUCGAUCCCUGAAGACUGGUGAAACCAUCGCUACGCACAGAACAUCCUGGGGACCCCUGUAUAAAUCAGCUGCAUCAGAUUUGAAGAGAGAGAAGGAGUCUGGGAUGGGAGUUGGAUACAUCAUCCUCAUUGCCUUUGCUGUGUUUGGUUUUGUGCUGGGAGUUGUGAGCCUUCUCAUUUUCCAGUACCAGCGAAAGAUGGGAAGAUACAACUUCAGAAUCAAGUCUGACAACUUCAGCUACCAAGUGUUCUACAAUUAG